AUGGUGAAUGAAAUGAAGUUAAAUUCGCCCGAGAGCGCUCUUGUGACCUGUGAACUCAAACAGUCCAAUAUCACUUGUGGACCGAAGAAGACUUUGGAACAGACGGUUAGCAUAAUAGGUGAGUGCAGAAUGCGUCAAAAUUGCAUAACCUCCACUGAAAUUUUCCUAUAUGUUUUGUCUAGAAAAAUUGCGUAUCUAAGAUGCCUUGAGGAACCUAGUCCUGCCUAUGGUUUUAUUUGAACAUUUUUCUUGAAGUAUGGGUUUAACUUGAAGUAGGCAUCCUGUGCUGCUGCUGUCAUCACAGUCACUACUUUCACUUCAUUCAGUGGGGCAGCAGAACACAAAUAGGCAUGAGUGUCACAGAAGUCACAUUCCUGUCAUGACAACGGGAAAAUAUAUCAUAAUCUAAGGCAGCGAACGAAAUAUUAAAAUUUGUUUUUUAAUAGAAAGGAGUAUUUAAGUGACUUAAGUAUAUUGAUUAUCAGGUCACGUGGUAGAUGCACUGGACCAACACGGGGGCCACAUCGGAUCCUGACAGGGACUAUCGGAACAGUCACCAUAACAAGUGCCAACAUUUCGGGGGUGCGAUGACAGACCAAGCUGCCAGCUGGCGUCGCGCACACUGGGACUCACGCCGUCCCAAUUUGCGUUGUUUAUUCAAGUCCUGGUUCUUGCUGUGUAGACGAUUGGGUAAGGAGGGUAACGUCAUGACGCGGGCUCGAUCGUGUCAUUCACCUGCGCCCUUCCCUGGUCUUUGGUUUUCUUGACUUUGCUUUGACACGGGGCCCAGGCGCGGGAGAAGGAGAGAGUGCGGUAGAUGAUAGUCAUGUCUACAUUCAUUAUAAAAACAUUCGCGCACAAGUCCUCGUCCCUACUUCACCUUUCCGUGAAGCACGCGAUGAACAUCGUCAAUGACGACGGUCGAACUAUCGUACAGUGUAAUCCAAAAUAUAAGUCAAUUCCUUCAGGAUAUAGGCUUUAAAUGAGGUUCUUUUCGGCAGCCUAGAGAAACCACACCAUCUAAAAAUAAUUGCUUGCACAGUAUGUAUUUUUUCUUGCUCCUAUAACUUUACAUAUAUUAUGUAGAAAGCACGUGCAAAAAAUCCCCUUACGCUAAGUUAACAGCAUAAUUGAGGAGAGCUAUCACCCGAUUUCAAAAAAUUUUCUUAAUUAGCGAAUAAUUCGUCACGUCACCUGCAACUGAAUUUUUGCCGACAUUUUCAAAACCACAUACCGUAAACUUUCAGUAAAAGGAAAAUGCUACAUGUCUUUUCAUUGCAAAGUGCAGGUCUUACGAGGCUCGUAAAAUUUAGCAACAAAUGUGGACAAAGCCGUGUAUUAUACAGACAGCAUAAAUAGAUAGACAGGCACAAUACUGCAUGAAGUAAAACGGAUACAACCGUAAACUUUUGUAAAACUGAAGGAUAUCGUUCCUUAGGCACGAAAAUUUAAGAUUUUAUCGCUACCAGCGCACUACAAGGAAAAAAUGUUUUUGUGAUAUUAUCCAUAGAAUGCGUUUGAACUAAUAGCCAUAGAAAUUUAACGGCAGGAAUUCAUGUUUUUAAGAUUCAUACUUUGUUGCUUACGGUUUUUGCAAGCUUCUUGAAAGAGGGUUAUUCAGAAUCCUAGCAUGGCUGAAAUAUGUUUGGGAUUAUGUUGCAAAAUAAUCAAUAUUUUUCGGUCCGACAAGCAUUUCGAAAUUUCCUUAACAUUUUUCGAGGUAAGCCAGCUACUGAAUAUGGCGUUCAGUAGCUCUCUGUCGCAAGAACCACACAGAAAUGAAUCCGAAGAACUAGCUUUCCAUCAACGUGAUAUGUGCCUAACUAAUGCCUGUCAUGAACGAUAUCAAACAUUUUUGUGUGCACUUGACAUAUUAAUGUAGAAGUGCAUGGUGAUAAUCUCAGGUAUGUUUUGAUUUAUCGCAGAUUUCCGUAGCGGUGCAGGCAACUGAUUAGGCCCCUGCGGUGACGAAAUGUGUGAUGGCAGUUCGGGACGCUGAGAUGGUGGCGACGGGCUUAUGUUAGUGCUCGAAUGGAUAGUAAAGUGACAAACCUAUCUCAUGAAAUGUUGGCUGAAAUUCUGAAAUGCGUUUCCCAUUAGGAAGGAUUACUUGGUCGCGGUUGUGACACUGAUUAUUUUAAGGCAUACUCUUAUAACAUUUCGAACUUGGCAGGAUGUCGGCUUUUAAAGGCACUUCUUUUCAAUCUCAUGUAGAAAGCGUGCUUCGUAAAAAAGGAAUACUUAAGUAGCAUGCAUUUUACCCAUUGAUUUUCCAUGAUCUUUGAAAUUCAAAAAUAUUUUAUACAAACCACAAAAAAUUAGGCUUUCUCUUAGUCAAUCAAUAGAGAAUUACGUCUUCGUUAUAUUUUAUACUGAAUAAAGGAGUAUAGUUAGGUUUUAAAAAGUUUCCAAUUAUGAGAUUUUUUAAGACCGCGAUAUGUCCAUUCACAUAGCAUCGUACCUGGCCGUUUACCACUGUUCCUCAUGAAAUGUACAACAUGAUCCGCAUCCAUUGCACAAUUUUAUGGACCCUGUUUGAUAUCUCUUUAUUGACAUAGAAAAAUAUGGGAUUUUCUUUACGUAAAACGUAUGCACCUUGUACAGUGUAAUCACUAAGCGCUAAUUCAACCAAUGAUCAGGCUCCAAAUGUUCCGGCAAUUAGAAAACUAUUUUAAAACCUAAUUAUAUUCCUUUCUUAAGUAUAAAAUAUAACAAAGACGUAAUUCUCUAUUGAUUGCCUAAGAGAAAGCCUAAUUUUGUUUGUGGUUUGUAUAAAAUAUAUUUGAAUUUCCAAGAUAAUAGAAAAUCAACGGGAAAAAUGCAUGCUACUUAAGUAAUCAUUGUAAUCUGGCCUAAUUUAGGAGGAAAGGCUUAUUUGAUUAAUACGCUAACAUCCGACCCAGUCAUACCUCUUUUGUACUCCAUAGUAGAUUCAUAUUCAUCCUCCAUUUUCCAUCACCAGUGGCCUCCUCCGGUCUGCCGGCAAACUGGUGAUAAGAUGGUACGCAAUGGCUGACAUGACGUAGCUACUUUGUCAUCACAUGCAGCCACACAGACAGACGGAUGUGACGUCGUUACCGACGUUGGUAAGUAUAACUGCAUGAGGAAUAAAUAACCUGGUUGACAGCUUAUCUGGCCGGGAAGGUCCAUGUAGUGACCGCAUGUGACUGGGAACGAUGCGAGAUCGAGUGCCGAAUUUCGUUUUGGCGAGUUUUUUUCAGCAUCCGCAUGUGGCGAAGGGCGUCCGUGCGGUGGGUUAAUGUGUGGGCAUAUCAGUAAACGUUGUUCUUUGUCAAAAGACAUCAUUAUUUGAUCUGCCAUUUGUAUUUUCUGACUUCCUUUUGGGCUUCUUCCAAACGUCUAAGAAGUAAAAUCCAUAUUUUCGAAAUUUCAGAUAGGGAAGACUUCGAUUUGCAAUGGACUCGUGGAAAGAACCCCUACAGAGCGAAGCUUACCAGUGAUCGACUGAGACUGGAGGACCUGGAGGAGUAUAGGUGUUGGUGGGCGACCUUAGACAGCAAUGGUGUUGUGGAUAUCACUGGUGACAUGGACAUUCCACAUAAAAGGUUUUGUCUUAGAUGCAUUGCUUUCUUGGGGAACAAAGCCGUUUCGGAUCAUCUUUAUCCACCUAAAAUGGGUAAGAUAGCAUGGAGCGCCUUUUACGGGACAAUAGCAGUUUCAUAAAUUAUAAGAUGAGGAUUAAAAUUGUUCAUCUUUGAUUAAGAGUAUGAAUGAUCAAAAACCUAUAAGAAAAACGUGCAAUUGUUUAGUGCAUUCGUUCGAUUAUGAUCAGGCAGUCAUCAGCAUUCUCUGGCGUGGGCAUAUUCCCGGUUGCUGACCUGUCGGGCAUUCGGGCUUACUGAGUCCUCACCAGCCUUUGAGCUGUUCGGACAGGCAUUACGCUGAUCUUCGCGACGUCAGCUAUGGGUCAGACAUGAUGACGGGAGGAUACAGGACCUCAUGUCAUUGGUGCAUAGACACUAAGGUUAGAGUAACUAAGUUAACUCAACGGAUGCUAUAAAGGGUACCGUCAAAUGAUGAGAUUCGCAGCUAACACUUCGAUGUGUGCUUCUACAUGAGUUCAAGUGAAAAUACCACACCGGGAAUAAUCGUCCUAAGAACGAAGUAGGCCUCUUAGAAAGACUGCCAUAAAGUUUGUGUAGAAGUCCUGAGCUGAUUGCACAAAUAACCUACCCAUAUGAAAGAAACUAACUUAUUUUUAAUAUGAACAUUUCCACCCAGCGAUCUAGUUAUGACGACCAUCCCAACUUCACCGAAGCCGUUUUAUGAGACGCAGCUUCGGUCAAUGACAGUUCUGAUAGUAGAAGCCAGUGAACCAAGGCAAACAUUGACGAACUGUCCUUGAUCAUUGCGUGUGCUAAUCCCCGGUAGUCGAACAAGAAAUUUUUUUCAUUAAUUUUCAUGGCUUGCAUAAAGUUACGAAUAAGCUUUACUAACGACUGCAUUAAUGUGCAACAAGAAUUACUGGCAAAUUAGUAAAACCAUGCAUUACAAACAGUCUAUUAUCUAGUUGCGCAACAUGACUACCCUACUGCCGAAAACACAUGGGGGCAGAGAGACUGUCGCCGGCUUCCUGGAAGUUGCAAGCGAAUUAAACGUCUGACUCUAAGCUAAAACUCUGAACUCUGUACUCUGUGCUCAGAGGUAAAGCGGACUUUAGCCAGAGUCUCCAGCCCCUGAAAUCCAGAUGCACACCUAAAAACCGAACCUUCUAACACCUCCAAAUCUGGCGCACUGUCCUCUGACCUCAUCCCGCAUCAAUGACCAGCCGCCCGCAUUCUCCCGUUCCUCCUCCAUCUCCGGCACAGGGAGCCCUGACGGUUCUCCCUUUCCUCCCCCCCUCCCACCCCAAAGUCUACAAUGACUCGUUACCCACCCUCUCACGCACCGGCUGUCCGUCUGCCGUUGUCCAUUCUGCCGCGUUAAAGGAUCUAGUAUACUGAUCUCACAUUCUCCUCUUCUCAUUUCGUCUGACGACGGGUUGGUGUCACCAACUCCUAAAGUCACAAGGAGAACUCGAUUUUCAGAAUAGCCUUCUCUUUUUAACACUAAAAGCUGUUUACAAACUAUAUUCAUUCGCCGGUCCGUGUGUAAGGUUUUACGAAUACUUCAGGCAUAGUUCUGAACUCUCUCUUAAGACGCACAUUAUUUUAAACGCCUAGUUUCGGUAUGCGCUCAUUCAGGUAAUACUAGCAUAAGGAAUGAGCACGUUUUCAUAUCUGGCAAAGAUGUCCACUACCACAGUCCUACCAAUAGCGAUCUUGGUCUUCCCUCGCGCUGUCGAAUUCGCACCGUAAUAACCCAGUCACCUAUAAGUGCUUCUUAACUCGUAUUAUCAUUAAAUGAACAGAACUAGAAGAAAAUGCCCAUUGUCAACAUGUCAUUUUAUCUAAUUUCCCACAUUUUCCCGUCCAUUCUGCUGUUUAUUCUUAUUUUCUACCCCCUUAUCGAUCCCCGUUUUUUUAUUUGAUUUAAGCGAUUGAAUCAAUCAGCGUUGAGUUAGUGAACAAUGAGAAAAACUUCAUUAUUGGGGAGGAGACACCUCCGAUUUUAGUCAGAGGAUACGACGAUUCCAAGGAACUGUCGCCCGAAUUUAUCUUCUGCACCGGUCUCCCCUUCAAGUCGCCCCACCUUUUAAUACAGAACGUACGUACGGAGGGCGAAAAAGAGGUCGUCUGCUAUGCGGUGGGCAAUGGAAUUAAAGGAUCAGACCGAAAAUUCCGCCUGGGAUUCUACUGUGAGUACCUAAGACAUAUGACCGAGAAUUUAUGAGUUUAUUGCCAUAUUUGUACUGCGACUCUUUAAAUACACACAGUAUUUUGCUUUCGGUGUCAGUGAGACACGCCAGAGUGACGCAGCCUUGUAUAUCCGGAUUUCGGGGGCUGGAGGCCCUGGUUCAAGUCCACAUGAUCCCCGAGCACAGAGUCCAGCUUUCAGAGUCGUAGCAAAGGGUUAGGCAUAUAAUUUGCCUGGGACAGCAAGGAAGCCGGUGACAGUCUCUUAGCUUCCGUUUCCCCUUGUUUUUUGGAGUAGGAGAAGGUCUUAGCUCGUUCUACAAGACACGGUACAUCCGUGAUUCUCUCAUGGAACUCAGCUAGAAAUAAGCAAUGUUUAUCUGCAUUUAAUGACAGAAACUAGCAAAGAAGGAGCCAAAGGGCAUAAACACUUAGCUAUUUCUAACCCACUUAGAACGCUAGCCAACCGUAACCUGGAACUGACUGAAAGUUUGAAAAUAUCAGAUAAAGGAAUGCGGGUGUCCACUUAAUGCUUUUUAAUGAAUAACCAAUGAGUAACGACAAAGUCUACUCUGCUGUGAGCUCUGGAGUAUGUAACUCGCACAUCGGGCUAUGUUCUAUUAUACAGCCCUCAAUCCGGCAGGCCUUGCAGAAUGAAGUAGAUGGAUGGACGAGUAUCCCGGCUCAGAUAUAUUCCUUACCUCAUCGGCAAAAUACCUGAGAAAUUACAUAAUGAUUCGGCCCUUGUAUUGGGUUUCGUGUCAGUGUUGUGGUUCUGUUGGUUCGUGCGUGGACUAUUCUAAAUUUACGCAGUCAUCAUACCGUAUUGUCUGUCAGGCGCUGAUGAAAUGGCAUUAUCAAGACUGACGGAUAUGCGUUUCGCUUACAGCAGGUUACCGCAUUUACUGACAAUUUCGAUCUGCGUCAGGUUCUGAAUGACCAUUCGUUACAUUUGUGCGUGUCAAGCGCUCAGCGGAAGUGCAGGAGAGGCUGACUGUAGAGUCUAACGGAGGCAUUUUUUCUUAUCGAAGGAGACUAAUACUUCACCCUCAUUCCCCAAGAACUGAUGGUAAAGACAUGGAUUACCGGACCGUUCAAGCGUCGAUUCCUACGAUGUCCAUCACAGCGUCACGGCAAGGUGGACAAAGGAGCGGUGAUUGCAUCUGUCACACUCCCUUCUUCACCUCCUCCUCCUCCUCCUCCUCCUCCUCCUCCUCGUCAUCAUCAUCAUCAUCAUCAUCAUCAUCAUCAUCUUCCAUCGGGCCUCAACGUCAUGAGAAGAAAGACGAAGGUGACAGGCGAGAUCUCAACCCGCCCCUAGGUAUGCGACCCCAUCCCCUGGUCUGCAAAACCGACCGACAUUUACCAAACCAAAAAGAGACUGUGAUCAAGAUCCAAAAUGGGUGGGAGUGCCAUAAAACCCAAUUUAAUAGGGGCUCUUUGCGGUCUGAAUCUUAGAUUCCAUCAGUCACGCACUCCGCACAAAAACCCACUAGGCUGAAUGUGAGGUCUGACUUGAAUCGUCGGUUUGUAACCUUCUAGGCAACGGCUUUUAACAGACUGGGGUUAGAAUGAUAUUACUGACAAAGAAAAGGGCGAAUUAAAUGGUCACCUCUGGUUUAUUGGCCGUCCUCGACUAGUCAUACUUAAUCCCUAAGUGUGGAACAACUUCAGUGUAAUAGUUUGCUUAUUGUGCAGAAUAUGCUUGGCGAAUCAACCUCAUUCUAUUUGGCCUUUUCUAUGCACCAAUCGACUGUCUGAGCCGAAAAAAGUUAUCUGUUCUUGAAAAUUUGAGAUGUGGCUGACAGAGCUAGGGACUGUCGGUAUGCGAGCGCCAAAUACACGACCUGCCCCGACCCCCCCAAAAAAAUCACGCCAGGAUCUCAUCCAAAAGGAAUUGAGUGUUUGCGCCGCGCAUGUAGCAAAAGAACCACACAGAAAUGAAUCCGAAGAACUAGCUUUCCAUCAACGUGAUAUGUGCCUAACUAAUGCCUGUCAUGUACGAUAUCUAAAAUUUUUGUGUGCACUGGACAUAUUAAUGUAGAAGUGCAUGGUGAUAAUCUCAGGUAUGUUUUGAUUUAUCGCAGAUUUCCGUAGCGGUGCAGGCAACUGAUUAGGCCCCUGCGGUGACGAAAUGUGUGAUGGCAGUUCGGGACGCUGAGAUGGUGGCGACGGGCUUAUGUUAGUGCUCGAAUGGAUGGUAAAGUGACAGACCUAUCUCAUGAAAUGUUGGCUGAAAUUCUGAAGUGCGUUUCCCAUUAGGAAGGAUUACUUGGUCGCGGUUGUGACACUGAUUAUUUUAAGGCAUACUCUUAUAACAUUUUGGACUUGGCAGGAUGUCGGCUUUUAAAUGCACUAUUUUUCAAUCUCAUGUAGAAAGCGUGCUUCGUAAAAAAGGACUACUUAAGAAGCAUGCAUUUUACCCAUUGAUUUUCUAUGAUCUUGGAAAUUCAAAUAUAUUUUAUACAAACCACAAAAAAAUUAGGCUUUCUCUUAGUCAAUCAAUAGAGAAUUACGUCUUCGUUAUAUUUUAUACUGAAUAAAGGAGUGUAGUUAGGUUUUAAAAAGUUUCCAAUUAUGAGAUUUUUUAAGACCGCGAUAUGUCCAUUCACAUAGCAUCGAACCUGGUCGUUUACCACUGUUCCUCAUGAAAUGUACAACAUGAUCCGCAUCCAUUGCACAAUUUUAUGGACCCUGUUUGAUAUCUCUUUAUUGACAUAGAAAAAUAUGGGAUUUUCUUUACGUAAAACGUAUGCACCUUGUAGAGUGUAAUCACUAAGCGCUAAUUCAACCAAUGAUCAGGCUCCAAAUGUUCCGGCAAUUAGAAAACUAUUUUAAAACCUAAUUAUAUUCCUUUCUUAAGUAUACAAUAUAACAAAGACGUAAUUCUCUAUUGAUUGACUAAGAGAAAGCCUAAUUUUUUUGUGGUUUGUAUAAAAUAUAUUUGAAUUUCCAAGAUAAUAGAAAAUCAACGUGAAAAAUGCAUGCUAAUUAAGUAGUCAUUUUUACCGAGCACGCUUUCAGCAGAAGAUUGAACAGAAGUGCAUUUAAAAGCCGACAUCCUGCCAAGUCUAAAAUGUUAUAAGAGUAUGCCUUAAAAUAAUCAGUGUCACAACCGCGACCAAGUAAUCCUUCCUAAUGGGAAACGCAUUUCAGAAUUUCAGCCAACAUUUCAUGAGAUAGGUCUCGCACUGUAUGUAUUUGUAUAUAUAUGUAGAUGUAGGCGAUGUAGCAGGCAGACGCAGCUGGGUCAAAACCAUCAUCCGUCCACAACCUCUCAUCCAAACAACUGAAAGUAGACCAGAUAAAAGUGCUUCAGCACGAAUCUGGAUACAACACAGGUGACGCGCAGCCACUGGAUUUUAUCGCGGCAUCGGAAGCGAGACUCGCAAAGACAGAUACAAUCGAAGACUCCAAGAACUCCAUUCGCCAGCGAGUCUCAUCCCUCAUUAUAUCCCACAAGCCACGUCGGGCCAUCUCCUCGGCCGAAUUAAAGGCCAUUAGGGAAUUAAAGAUGGACGAAGAAAUAAUCAUCGUUACAGCGGACAAAGGACGGGCAACCGUGAUCUUGGACAGAUCAGAGUACGCCGCAAAAGCCCAGGAACUACUAAACGACAACCAGUCAUACAGAGUCGUCGACUGUGACCUCAUAAAAACACUGGUAGGCAAAAUUAACAAGGGCUUAAAUCAGAUGAGGAGCCAAAAGGCGAUAUCUGAAAACGAUCGGAGACAAAUGAGACCGCAAGUUACCACACAAGCGCGUUUCUACGGUUUGCCAAAAAUCCACAAGCCAAAUGUCCCCCUACGAAACCUCGUAGCGCUGAAAAUCACACCUACCUACGGACUGGCUAAAUGGCUUACCAAGCACUUAAAGAAGCUGACGGAAGGCUCCGAACACACAGCCGCCUCCUCAACGCACUUCCUAGAAAAAGUCCGAGGCCUGACAAUAGCCCCCAAUGAAAUCAUGGUAUCCUUUGACGUCGUCUCUUUGUUCCCUUCCAUCCCUAAGGAGUUGGCCAUGAGAGUCAUCAGUGGCCUACAGGAACGAAUGUACGACGAUGAAGAAAAACCGUUUAAAAGGAAGCACGCGAUUGAGUUACUGGACUACUGCUUAUGCACGUAUUUCGCUUUUAACGACCAUACUUAUGAGCAAAUCCAGGGAACUCCGAUGGGAUCCCUGAUCUCCGGCUUCCUGGCUGAGACGGUACUACAGGAGCUGGAAACUCGUGUAUUUCGGUCCUAUAAGCCAAAAUUCUGGAUGCGCUAUGUGGACGAUACCUUUGUCGUCCUGAACCGAGAUGCGAAGGAGACCUUUGGAGGAGAAUUAAACUCCAUCUUCCCACAAAUCCAAUUCACAAUGGAGGAAGAAAAGGACGGAACGCUCUCUUUCCUCGACUUGCGGGUAACGGGGCAGGAAGAUGGAACAAUCCGAACCGGUGCUUUCCGAAAAGCUACAAACACAGAGAAAAUACCCUACUACAACAGCAACCAUCUCCUGUCGCAUAAACGCAUUUGCGUCCGGACACUUUUCCGCCGCAUCAACGCGCACUGCUGCACAGAGACCGAGAAGCUACAAGAGCGUGCGUCCCUGUGGCACCUCUUCCUUGUCAAUGGAUACCCACGUAGCUUCGUAAACAAAUGUCUGUUCCAACGACACACACAAAGGCUGACGGUGAAACGAAACAAAAACCUGAGGUACUCCGUGUCUUGCCCUACAUGAGGAACGUCUCUGAGGCCACUGAGCAUAUGCUGAGACCACUUAAAGUGGGCGUUGGGCACCGACCGGAAGCCACCAUCCGCCGAUUAGUCAUGCAGCCAAAGGGUAGGCUGCCCCCUGAGGACAUGUCAGGUGUCAUUUACCGCGUUAACUGCCUAGACUGUCAGGCCAACUAUUGCGGUAUGACAAACAAACGACUUAAAACGCGCAUACAUGAGCACAACGUAGCCGUCAAGCGGAAAGAUGCAAGCUCACACGUCGCCAUGCACAGUCUGGAAAAUGACCAUCGGUUUGACUUUGACGGCGCCCAAGUGCUCGGCCGAGCGGAAAACAGACUGGAGCGAGAAAUAAUCGAGGCCUGGCAGAUAGACGCCAAAUCCAUCAACCGCAGCGUCGACCUACCGGCAGCAUACGAGGCCGCCAAACACCACAUACGCACCAGGGGAGGCCAAAGGAAGAUGGGUUUUGAUGACCCUAUCAGGCGCGAGCCGGACGGACCUAUUAAAACCGUGUAA